AUGAACGACUCAUACCUGCAAUUCCUGCAAGGGCAGAAAUCUGCAAACAGUACGUCUUUGCUGUCUUCUAAUGGCAGUACUGCAAAUCAUCCAUCAGGGGCUCUGUGUGAGCAGGUGCAGAUCCAGGCGGAGGUUUUUCUCACCUUGGGUAUCGUGAGUCUAUUGGAGAACAUCCUCGUCAUCUCAGCAGUGGUAAAAAAUAAGAAUCUUCACUCUCCAAUGUACUUUUUCCUGUGCAGUCUAGCUGCUGCCGACAUGUUGGUGAGUGUUUCAAACUCUCUGGAGACCAUUGUCAUUGCAGUACUAAACAGUCGCCUUUUGGUAGCCAGUGAUCAUUUUGUGCGUUUGAUGGACAAUGUCUUUGACUCGAUGAUCUGCAUUUCACUUGUGGCAUCCAUCUGCAACCUUCUGGCCAUCGCCGUUGACCGCUACGUUACAAUUUUCUACGCCUUACGCUACCACAGCAUAGUAACUGUACGAAGAGCACUGGCAGCUAUCGCUGCAAUCUGGCUAGUGUGCGUGGUUUGUGGGAUUGUCUUCAUAGUCUUCUCAGAGAGCAAGACUGUGAUUGUGUGUCUGAUUACAAUGUUCUUUGCAAUGCUAGUGCUCAUGGCAACUCUCUACGUACACAUGUUUUUACUCGCCAGACUUCACGUCCAGCGAAUUGCCGCCUUGCCUCCAGCGGCAGCUGCUGCUGGCAACCCUGCCCCACGUCAAAGAAGCUGCAUGAAGGGAGCCGUAACUAUCUCCAUCCUGCUUGGGGUGUUUGUGUGCUGUUGGGCACCAUUUUUCCUCCAUCUUAUCCUGUUGGUGUCCUGUCCAAACCACCCACUCUGCCUCUGCUACAUGUCCCACUUCACAACAUACCUGGUCCUCAUUAUGUGCAACUCUGUGAUCGACCCUCUCAUCUAUGCCUGCCGCAGCCUGGAGAUGAGGAAAACCUUCAAGGAGAUACUCUGCUGUUUUGGCUGUCAGCCUCUACUCCACUUCACCAAAAAUUGA